UCAACAGAAAGAUUCGUUCACGAGUCGGACGGACGCCGCUUCAGAGAAAGAGGGGCUCCACAGAGAGACAUACAGUCGGCAUAUUAAUGAAAGUGAACAUUUCGGUGUGUCCGCCAUGUAAGCGGAGGACUGUGCGACUGAACUCGCCUUUACUGCAUGGAGUCUGAAGUCCAGCGUGUGUGAUUGACGCGUCCGUACAGAUGCUGGCGGCUCCGGUCGCGCCGGGGGAAGGAGAGGUUCUGACAUCGUUAGAUUUGUUGUUACUAUAAUCAGCUGACCGGUGCUGGAAUCCUCCGUGUGCUGUUUUCUAGAAAGCGGUGACAGCGAUGAGCGCUUGUCAGGACGAAACGUCUUUAAGUUGUUCGCAAAGCAGAGAAAAUGUCAGCGGCGAUGAAUGGGGAAGGAUGGAGGAAUCGUACGCGUCCUGCUUCGACGAACCCACGGGCGACGCGAUCCGCGCCGAGAUGGACGCGGUGCAGCCGGGCAUAGACGGACAUGUGCCGCUGCCCCGAGGCCAGCCCCAGCUGAUGCUAGGCCUGGUGGAGGAGGGGUUCGCCGGCUAUCACGGCCGUCUCGGCUCCGACCCGGACUCCGAUUAUCUCGACAUCACCGGAGACCUCAACUACAGCGAAAGUGACGGGAGCGUCGCCACGAAGAAGCGCAACCGCUCCAACAGCUCGCGGCACCGCGGGGAAGUCGUCACGGAGCUCGGACCCGAGGAGGUGCGCUGGUUCUACAAAGAGGACAAGCGGACCUGGAAACCGUUUGUCGGACACGAUUCUUUGAAAAUCGAGUUGGCUUAUCGCAAAUACUGCGAACUUAAUCCUAACGAGGUCAGACGGAGGGAUGCGGACGAAGAAGCGGAGGAUUUAUUCGAGUCUCCGUCAGGAGGCGAAGCACCGGAGGUCCGGAGACAGUCGGUCCCCGAGAGCGCGGAGGCUGGAGGCUCCCCGGAAGAGACCGAGCUGGAUUCAGAGAGCAUCGACGUGGACGCGGUGUGUGUCCGUGGAGGACUGUACGAGGUGGACAUCCACAAGAAAGACUGUUAUCCCGUUUACUGGAACCAACAGGACCACAUCCCAGUCAUGAGAGGCCAGUGGUUCACGGACGGGACCUGGCUGCCCCUGGAGGAGGAGGACAGUGACCUCAUUGAACUGGAGCACCUGGACCGUUUCCGAGGCCGGCAGAUGAAAGACACCUUUGACAUGGAAGCGGUGGCCACAACGGUGGACAGCAAAGACGCCAUUCACAGUCUGAAACUGAGCCGGAGCCACGUGGACUGGCACAGCGUGGAUGAAGUGUACCUUUACAGCGAUGCUACCACUUCAAAGAUCGCACGGACUGUUACUCAGAAACUGGGAUUCUCCAAAGCGUCCAGCAGCGGGACCCGUCUCCAUCGAGGCUAUGUAGAGGAGGCGGCUCUAGAAGACACGCCCCCUGAAACGACACACAUAGUCUUUGUGGUACAUGGGAUUGGCCAGAAGAUGGACCAGGGCCGUAUCAUUAGAAACACAAGCAUGAUGCGUGAUGCUGCCCGCAAGAUGGAGGAGAAGCACUUUUCUGACCGGAUAAAUGAACACGUUGAGUUCCUUCCUGUGGAAUGGCGAUCUAAACUCACCCUUGAUGGAGACACUGUGGACUCCAUUACUCCAGACAAAGUGCGAGGUCUAAGAGACAUGCUGAACAGCAGUGCCAUGGACAUUAUGUACUACACAAGCCCUUUGUACAGGGAUGAGAUCACCCGGGGUCUGACCAAAGAGUUGAACCGACUCUACACGCUCUUUUGUGAGCGCAACCCAGAAUUUGCAGAGAAAGGAAAGGUGUCCAUCGUCUCCCACUCACUCGGCUGCGUCAUCACCUUUGACAUCAUGACAGGGUGGGACCCUGUGCGCUUUGUUCAUGAAGAGGUGCCAGAUGCCAUGGAGGCUGAUGUUAGCAGACAAGAACGUCAGCUACAGGAGGAUCUUCGUAACACAUGCUUAAGAAUGAGGGAUUUGGAGGAUAAGCUCUGGCGUUUCCAAACCUCAUCCUCAAGACCCUCUCCAGCCCUGAAAUUCAAGGUGGAGAACUUCUUCUGUAUGGGAUCUCCUCUGGCUGUGUUCUUGGCUUUACGAGGUGUCCGUCCAGGAACCAACGGAACACAAGACCACAUCUUACCCAAAUCCAUCUGCCAGAGGCUUUUCAACAUCUUCCAUCCCACUGAUCCUGUAGCAUACAGGUUGGAACCGCUCAUCCUGAAACAUUAUAGUAAUAUAGCACCGGUCCAAAUUCACUGGUACAACACCAGCAGCCCCACACCGUAUGACCAGAUCCGUCCCACUCUACUGAAUCCGUCAAAGGAAAGUGCUUCUGUGUCUGAUACGGAGAGCCUCCCGAGCCCCUGCACCUCCCCUCCACAGCCCCGCAGACACUACGGCGAGUCUAUCACCAGCCUGGGCAAGGCCAGCAUCAUGGGAGCGGCAAGUAUAGGUAAAGGCAUUGGUGGUAUCCUGUUCUCCAGAUUUUCCCGCUCUAGUGGACAGGUGGGUAGUGUGGAGGAGGAGCCAUCAGACUCUGAAGGCGGGGCUUGUGAGAAAGGGGAAGAUGGACGGCUUGUGGAGUUAGACGAUAUAGUUGAGGAAAAGACAGAGGAGAAGAUCGAGGAGAAGACAGGAGACACCAGCAUGUCACAAUCAGCCUCUGCCAUAAUGGAUAACUCAUCCUUUGAGCUCGAGAACCGCAUCGACUUUGAGCUGAGGGAGGGCCUGGUGGAGAGCCGCUAUUGGUCAGCGGUGACGUCACACACAGCCUAUUGGUGCUCCCACGAUGUGGCUCUGUUUCUGCUAACAUUCAUGUACAGGCCAAAUGAAGCGAAUGACAUGCCAGAGGACAACCCCGAGUCAUAACAAACACACAUCGAUCACUCCCUUAAUUUAGUUUAGCAGACCUUGUUCACUGUGCAUCAGAGAUCCUGUCCUUGCCUUGUUUUCCCUUAAUUCAGAAGCACACCCAUGGAGGAGACUUGCUCUCGCCACCACAUCCCCAGACUAGGAUUGUUAUUAACCUCCGUGAGAUGAUGGUUGCAGCUUGGAAAUUCAGACUAUUCACAUCUUGAUCAUUCCCAAAGCAGCUUCAUAUUGACUGAUGUGUAUUGACUGAAGUUGUGGUUGUUAUAGUAGGACUGAGAAAAAUCUGCUGAAUUGAAGGUUCACAAUCAGAAAGUGUUUUUAUUAGAAGUGCGUAAGAUGUGUUUUCUUGCCUAAAAAUAAUAGUUUUGAAAAUUAUCCAGAAAUACUAUAUGUUUACAUUAUUUAGAUGAUGAAACACAAUCUGCAUCACUCCUAAAUGUGGCCAAAUGUUGAGUUGAUAGUUGACGGGAGCAGUGCACAUAGAUUAAUUCAAAGAGAAUAACCAUUAGUUCAAUUCAAAAUAUCAAUUCUGCCAUUAUUUGCUCACCCUCAUGUUGCUCCAAAUUUGUGGAACAAAAAGAGAUAUUUUGCAGAAUUGUACUAGUUGCAUUGAAUGGAGAUCAGUGUUAUUUUAGUAUCGUUGAUAUUCUAUUACAGAUUUUAUUCAUAUUUUGAGUUUUUAUUCAUUUAUUCCCCCUGCUUUUUUAGUUAACGAUAAUAACCCUGAUGCAAACUGAAGUUUUUGAGCUUAAAAAAAGUUUCAGAAAAAUGAAAAUAUUUAAAUUCCUCUGAAUUUAAUGUGUAGAACCGGUUGAAAUUUACGCUCUCAUUCUCUAAAAGUGGUAAUAUCUGCCCUAGCUCUCCUUUCCACAGUCAUGAGUGGAGUAGCAGUGUCUGAAUCAUGAAUGAAUCUUUAUUUGAUUUAGAUCUUAACUGAUUUAGCUGUCUGAAGGAUUCAAUCAACCGAGCUCAACUCACUGAAUCUUUGAUCCGGUUACCAGUGAAUAACCACUGACCUUUCAGUUCGUUCCCAAAAAUAUUUUCUAGCUUCAGAAGACUUGGAAUAUAGUUGUAUGGAUCCCUUUUACAUCUUGAAAGCCUCCGUUCCCAUUUAUUGUAACUGGAAAGACCGAGGAGGGCGACGUAAGCCAAUGUUGAUCGUAGCUCCAUUGAUGACAAUGGAUCAACUUGGGCUUGUGAUACUUUUGGGGAAACGCAGCCCAGAACAUCCUUCAGAAUAUCUCCUUUUGUCUUCCACGGAGGUCAUACUGGUUUGGAACAACAUGGUGGAGGGUCACAGAAUUUGUGAACUAUUCCGGACAUUUCCAUUCCUUAUCCUUCUUCUCUUUCCAAUACAUUCGAGGCAUUAGUUUCUCCUCUGCACUCGCAUGAAAGACACUGAAAUCUGGGAAUCUGAAUGCACUCUUUGCUAUGAAUUAGAGUUUAUCCUUUAACGUGCAUGAAAGACAAAGUCUGGAUGACUUCCACUGAACCCCUUACAACUGGAUCUCCUCUCAGUUCUGUCCAAGAUGACACACUUGACAUUUUUCAUACGUGGCAUUCUCUGGAGACGUCAUAUCGAACUUGUUACUUGUCAUGUUGUUUAUAGCACUAAUACAGUAACAAAGACAUUUCAUCUUUCAAUUCAAACCAUUGUUUUUGUAACGUCCAUGUUUCCUGUAUUAAUUUUGUAUGAUUCGUUUACAGUAAUCCUGAAAAAUGACACCUCCAUGCCUUUACGAUGACAAGCGAAAAGCACUUAACAUUGGCUCCUUACCUCACCCUUGAAUGUGCCAAUACACUGAAGAGUGCGAUCCUCAUCAGGUGUCAGAGGGAAACGUCUGCAUUGUGUGCAUAUAUCUAUAUCUAUAUCAGAACUGGACUCCAGCGUGUCUGUUCCUGUUUAGCUUCAGUGAACACAGAGCUGUUCCUCUUUUAUGAACCUCGUGUUUUUCAUUAAAACUGAUAUUGACCGCCUGCUCUGUCUCAUUCUGUUAAUUGCUUUUAAAGUCGGACUUUAUAGGUAGGUAUCAGCCACAAGCGGAGUUGCUGUGGGCCUUGAACAGAAUAAAUGGAAAACAAUGCGACUUUAUUAAUCCCUGAGGGGUGAUUUAGCGUUACCCAUCAAUAAUGAGUCAUCAAAUAGAGACACUGGAGCUGUUGUUCUCAAAUGGGGGUGUGACCCAAUAAACAAAUCAGCAAUACUAUACAUUUUUAAAAUGGAAGGGGAAAAUUGUUCCAUGCAUCUUGCUGUUAUUGUCAAAUUUGCAUUUUAUCAAAAUAAACAGUAUUUUUGUGUAAAUUCA